AUGGUGUCGUUCGCACAGAGGCUCCUGAACCUGGGUCUGUUCCUCGCGGGGUGGCUCCCCGCCGCGUGGGUGACGCAGGUGGCGCUGGAUGCCGCGAAACAGGGCACAUGCGACUCGCUCUUCGGACCGCCCUGGCUGAAGCAGCAGGCGUGCAGGAUUUGUGCGGAGGACCCCAUGAUCUGGAUCUGCACGAUGAUCUUCGCCAACUACGUCGUGCUGUACUGGGCCGUGGGCGCGGUGCAGCGCUCGACGUGGCUCAUGGAGGCACACUGGUGCCUGGGCCCGCUGCUGACGGUCGCGUACCUCCGGAUGUUCCCCAGCGACCAGGAGCCCGUGCCCGGCGCACCGCUUCGACAGCCGCCGCUGUCCACGCGAGCGUUCUUCGUGGACACCAUCCUCUGGACAUGGGCGGCCCGGCUCACGCACAACUACCUCCGCCGCGAGCAGUACGACCUCGGCGCGCGCGAGGACUGGCGCUUUGCCAACGUGCACCACGCCAUCAGCGCCGCGGUGGCGUCGGCGUGCGGCCGCCUGCGCAGACGCCUGCUCGCGAGCGGCCUCCCGCGCGCCCUGCGCGCCGUCGUGAACCGCGCCACGUGGGCCGCCGCGCGCCUGCUGUCGUCGCGCGCCACCGUGUCCUUCUGGGUGUCCUACCUUCCGCACCUGCCGCUCGUGGCCGCGCUGUGCCUCCCCAUCGUCCCGCUGCACUUCUCCGCCGUCCAGCCGCCCGCGUGGACGCGCGUCGACACCGCCGCGGCCGCGGUGUGCAGCACCGGCCUGCUGCUGGCGUGGGUGGCCGACGACGCGCUCCACCGCUUCGUGGCCGCGAACAAGAGGACGGUGGCGCGCGGCGAGGGUGCGCUCGACGAGUACAUCCUGAGCACGGGCGUGUGGUCGCUGUGUCGCCACCCCAACCACCUCGGCGAGCAGGUGUUCUGGUGGGGCGUGGCGGCGUGGGGCGCGUACGCGAACGCGUCGUGGUGGCCGCUGGCCGGCGCGGCGCUGAACUCGCUCCUCAUGGCGAAGGUGUCGAGCAUGGUGGAGGAGAGGAUGCGCGCUGGGCCGCGCGCGGCGCUGUUCGCUGCGUACGCGGCACACGUGCCGUGCGUCGUGCCCUCGCCGCUGCACCUCCUGCGGUGGCUGAGCGGGCACGUCCGCCCGCGCGAGUCGAUCCGCCGCGCGCUCACCGAGCAGCGCGAGAAGCUGCGCGACGACCUCCACGGCGCCGAGCCCAGCGGCUGGGAGGAGGCAUCGCGGCAUCCGGGACAGGUGGUGUUCGAGGGGGGGGAGUCGGUGUCGAGCCAGGACGACUACUACAUGUCGCUGGCGGUGCACAGCGCCCGCGCGGGCCUCCGGGCGGGCCACGGCGGUCCGUUCGGCGCGUGCGUCGUCGACGCUGCGGGGGAGGUGCUGGCGGUGGCGCACAACAGCGUCCUGCGGGACGGCGACCCGACGUGCCACGCGGAGAUCGAGGCGGUGCGGCGGGCGUGCCGGACGCAGGGGCGCACGGCGACGCGCGGCGCCGUGCUGUACUCGACGGCCGAGCCGUGCCCCAUGUGCAUGGCUGCCAUCUGCUGGGCGGGAGUCAAGGAGGUGGUGUUCGGCGUGGACCGCCACGUGGCGGGCGCGGGGGGCUUCCCGUCGGACUGGCUGUACGAGGAGCUCGCGCUGCCCGCAGACCAGCGGCGGGUGCCCGCGCGGGGGGGCACGCUGCACGCGUCCUGCGCCGAGCUCUUCGACGAGUGGCAGCGCGGCAGCCACACGCGGUACGUGUAG